AUGGAGAUGCUCGGUGCUGGAGGGAAGGCAAGCGGAAGAGUAUGGAUUGAAGACCACCCGACGGAGGGCUGGGCUCCUGGCAGGGUCGACUCCGUGGGGGCAAGUGGCAAUUACAUCGUGGUCGAUGACCAGGGGUCCAAGUUCGAAGUGCCACAAGAGAAGGCGAGACCCGUGGAUCCGAAUUGCUUGAAAGGGGUGGAAGAUCUGUUGUCCUUGGGCGAUUUUAACGAGGGGGCCCUCUUGCACAAUGUCCGUCAGAGAUAUUUCGACGAUUUAAUCUACACAGGCAUUGGCAGUGCUGUCCUUACAGCGUGCGGGCUGGCCAAACAGUGGGGUUGGGCAUGCGAUCCAACCGUAAAUCCGUUCCAGAAUCUCCCGGGCCUGUAUUCCGAAGCAAAGCAGAAAUUCUACCGGGAUCGAUCUGCUGCUGCAGGUGGAUCGGGCGAUGAAUCAGAUCUGCCGCCGCAUUUGUUUUCCGUGGCAGCCGCAGCGUACACCACUAUGCUGAGCGAUGCCCGGAACCAGUCGAUCAUUAUUUCUGGAGAAAGCGGCGCAGGCAAAACGGAAGCCACAAAGCGGAUUCUGACGUACUUUGCAAAUCUCCAGCGAUCCGGUUCGGCGGUGCACGAGAAGAUGAGUAUCGAAGAACAGGUCCUCCGGUCCAAUCCCAUCCUAGAAGCCUUCGGCAAUGCGAAAACCAUCCGCAACGACAACUCCUCUCGCUUUGGGAAGUUCAUCGACAUCGAGUUCGAUUCGUCUGGCAAGCUGCAAAGCGCGAGGAUUUCCAAUUAUCUUUUGGAGAAGAGUCGCAUUGUAAAGCAGCAGCCGGACGAGCGGGGCUACCAUGCUUUCUACCAGCUCUGCGCUGGGGCGAAGCGCUCACUCCCCGACAUCGGAUCCAUGCUGGGGCUUCGCCCCGCGUAUGACCACGCGUACACAUCUGUGUGCACAGACAUACCUGGAGUUGACGAUGCUGGCAUGUUCGAGGAAGCCGUCGAGUGCAUGGAUGGGCUUGGGUUCAGCACUGAAGAAAAGAACUCCGUUUUCCAGCUCGUCGCUGCAGUAGUCCACCUGGGAGACAUGCAGUUCGAGGAGGGGGAUGACGGCAGCCGAAUAUGCGAUGCAGCCCUCACUGCCAAAAUGUGUGAGCUUCUGCAAGUCUCGAAAGAAGAUUUCACCAACACAUUCCAGUACCGAACCAUGGAGGAUCCCUUUAGCAAGAAGAUGAUCAACAUGCCCCAGGAUCCAGCCAGCUCUUCGAAUACUCGCCAUGCCAUGGCAAAACAUUUGUAUUCCCGUCUCUUUGACUGGCUGGUCUGGCGAAUUAACCAAAGCACAGCCGGCAAGGGAGGUGGACCAAAGAAGGAUGCGACAAAGAAGAUUGGAAUUCUGGAUAUCUACGGCUUCGAAGUCUUCGAGUGGAACUCGUUUGAGCAGUUGUGCAUCAACUUCGCGAACGAGAAGCUCCAGCAGCACUUCAACUCACAUAUGUUCACCUUGGAGCAGAGGCUCUACGCUGAAGAAGGCAUCUCUUGGAGCCACAUUCAGUGGCAAGACAACCAAGAAAUUAUCGACAAUUUGGAGAAGAGGCCGUUGGGCGUUUUCUGCAUUCUCGAUUCCGAGUGCCUUAUGCCAAGCUCCACAGAUCAAACAUGCUUGAGCAAGAUCUACAACACCUUCAAGAACUCCAAGGUCGUUUACAAGCCCUCGCGGUUUGCAUCAACCAACUUCGCCGUGCAGCACUAUGCCGGAGAGGUGGUGUACGAUGUCAUCCCCGGCGCAAGGAAGAACACCGACAAGCUGCAUGCAGACAUCAUCACUCUCUUGAAAUCUUCCUCAAUGGCGAUGUGCUGCACGCUCUUCUCGGACCCGCGCUUCACGCCGGAUAUGCAGGGACAACCUGGCCGCGGUGGGCCGUCCCCCACGAAGCGCGCGCCGGAGCCGAACCAGCGAGCGAAGCAGAACGUGACGGUUAGCAUGAUGUUUCGUCAGCAGCUUGAUCAGCUGGUCGAGGAUCUGAACCGAACCAACCCACGCUACAUCCGGUGCAUCAAGCCCAAUGGGCACAAGCAGGCACAUGAGAUGGAUUCUCUCGACGUGCAGAGACAGCUUCGAUGUGCCGGAAUGCUGGAGUCGAUUCGCAUCCGACGGGCUGGGUAUUCUGUCAGACGGCCGUUCAAAGAGUUCUUCAACAGGUUCCGAAUCCUUUGUCCACACAUCUCCACGGGCAGAAGCUUGGAUCCAGACUACAAGGAGCUGAGCCGAAAGAUUCUGAUGGAAGUGGAGGCAAAGUUCGAGGCCCAGAAGCAACCUCUCGAAGCCAAGUCCUGGCAAGUGGGACGAAGCAAGGUCUUCCUGAAGGAGGAGCUGCAGGGGAGGCUGGAGAAGACGAUCGGUGAAGCAGUGAAGGUAUUCGUGCUUCGAAUACAAAGAAGGUGGCGUGGCUUCCGCGCAAGACGUCGGUAUAGAGCAAUGAAGGCUGCCACUCUCCAAGUGCAAGCGAUUCUACGGACACUGCGAGAUCGGACCCUCUAUCUGGCAGAGCUGCAGAAGAGCAAAGCUAGCGUUACUUUGCAGGCCAGCCUCCGGAUGCUGGCCCAACGUUCGGGCUUUGUGAAGCGAAGACGGCAGGCGGUCCGGAUUCAGAACUUCGGCAGCAAAGGAAUCUGA